CCUCUAGACUCCAAAGUCAAAGAUUUCCAAUGUCUGUGAUCUUUCGUUUUCUGUACAACCCCUUUUUAAGUUGCCAUCUCGGCCGCGCUAAUCUGAUCCCGAGCACUUGAUCUUUCAUCUCUCUGGUUUCAUGAAUGGAAAGUUCUGUUGCAUGGUGCUUAGGAUCAACAUCGACUGCAAUGGCUGUUUCCGAAAAGUUCAAAGAGCCCUUCUUCAAAUCCGAGAACUGGACACCCACUUGAUAGAGGAGAAGCAGUGCAGAGUAAUCGUAUGCGGCAAAUUUGUCCCGCAGGACGUGGCCAUAACCUUGAGGAAGAAGACGAACCGCCGAGUCGAGAUACUGGACAUUCAAGAACUCCGCCCCGGCCAGGAAAAUGAAGAAGAAGACUGCGGCGAAGAUGUGCGAAUCUCGGUUCCUAAAUGGGGUCCUGUACCGAACCAAAAGCAGAUGUUAGGCAUGUAACAAUAUGAUUCGAGAGAGCAAAGUCACCGUAUCUGUUCUUCUGACUUGUAUAGGGCUUAGUAUGAUGCGUGUUCAAUAUAUCCAUAUGUCGAAUCGUUGAUUGAAGAACCGGUCUACACGAUUCAUGGCAUACUGCUUUUCUCAGAAAGAUCGUAAACGAUCGAAACUAUCGCGCAAUUACACAGAGGAGUGAAGAAUUAGAGAACAUGAGCGGGCAAAGUUACAUGUAAUUUGUUUGCUGAAUCCAUAUUAGCCAACGAAA